AUGGCCACAAUCCCGCUCUACGACAGCACCAUCGGUGUGAGCAACCACGCCCUCCUGACCCUGCUCGACCUUCUCGAGAAGGCCAAGGCACACCCUGAGGCCGCGACCCUGGCCGAGACCCGCCUGUACCCGGACAUGCUGCCCUUCAGCACCCAGAUCCUGAUCGUCUCCAACUUCGCCAAGAAGAUGGUGGAGCGCCUGGCGGGGCGCGAGGUGGAGGUGUGGGAGGACAAUGAGAAGACGCUGGACGAGCUGGUCGCGCGCGUGAACAAGACGCUCGACCUGCUCAAGACGGUCAAGCGCGUGGACCUGGACGCCGCGACCGGAAAAACGCAGACCAUCAAGAUGGGGCCGCUCGAUUCCGCCGAGGCGACGACGUCGCAGUACGUGUUGGGCUACGCCCUGCCGAACCUGUUCUUCCACUUGAGCAUCGCGUACGGCAUCUUGCGGAUGAAGGGCCUGGAGCUGGGCAAGGCGAAUUACUUGAGGCAUUUUCUGUCGGAUUUCUUCCAGGCCCCGGCGGAGAAGUGA